AUGACAAAAGUGCGCGGCGUGUGCGGGUCACCAUUGUCAUCAGUGGAUGAGGCAGAAGACACAGGACGACGUUCUUUCUCCUUUCCAGAAUCAACUUCGUCUCCUGCAUUGAAAAGGACACGUAGGAAGCGCAAAGGUAAAGAAAUCGAUCUUGCCAACGACAAAAAAGCUAAAAUCCGAAUCUUCCGCACUAUUCGAGACAAAAGUAUUCACAAACUUGUACAAGACGCACCAAGAGAUUUGGUCACGUAUUUAAAUGAUCAGAUGAGUGUAAUUCAUCAAGAGAAACUCGAGAAAGAAUAUGGUCGAGGACAGGGGUAUAUUGUAACGCUACCAUUGCCUAGCUCGAAGAAGAAGCGGAAGGAGUAUGAGAAUUGGAUCAAAGAAUUGGGUUUUACAUCCGGUACUGCAUUGAAACAAAAUGCUUUGCGUAUUUCUAGUCUCAAGGCAGAUGUGAUUAUCAAUGAGUUAAAGCGGAGAAUGUCGUCUAUGGCCGAGAAAUGGGACAUAGAGAAAGCAGAAGAAGUAGAAGACUCAAAUGUGGUAAAGGAGUUGAUGAGUAAAGGCGAUACAUUAUUGAAUAAUGAACAAGAAGAAGAAGAAAAAUCGACUGGAGAUGACGCCACAGAUAUGGCAAUGAUGAUUCGGCUCAAACAAUACUAUCAAAAACUGGAAUCACAGAAAACUUGA